GUCACUAAUGUCUGCGGCCAUAAACCAAAGAGAACAGAACGUUGACGUUGAGGGAGAAAUCUAUUUUUCCGGUGUGUAAUGUUCUUACAAAUUAGAAUACUACCACCGACACCUGAUAUUUUCUAUGCCGCCUAACAAACGUCCCCGCCUCGAAAUGAGUGACGAGGCAAGUUACAUGUCGGCGCUGCAGUCAGAACUGCAAGUUUUGAAAUCUGAAGUGGAACCAAUUAGUAUCAAGAGGUCGCAUGCUACCAAGAAUGAACCUGUUAAGUAUAAACCAACAUACAGAGCAGUGCUGGCCAGGAAAGGUUUCUUAGUUCGAAAGACGCUUGGUAGUGGAAGCUACUCCAAGGUUAAAUUGGCGUACAGUUUCUCACGAGAACGAGAAAGGGUUGCUGUAAAAAUCGUAGACCGUCUAAAAGCACCGAAGGAUUUUGAAAUGAGGUUUCUUCCACGAGAACUGGAAAUAUGGCCAAAAAUGAGACACAAAAACAUUAUAGCCAUGCAAGAUAUGUUUGAUGACGGGCAGAGAGUUUACAUGAUUCUCGAAUAUGCAGAGAAUGGCGAUGUUUUGAGGUAUAUUCAAAAGUCAGGUGCGCUAAACGAAUCCUUGGCAAAAUGCUGGAUUUCACAAGUCUGCUCAGCCGUGGGCUAUAUGCAUGAUCAAAACAUAACUCACAGGGACUUAAAGCUGGAAAAUCUUUUGCUGGAUAAAACCUAUAGUAUAAAAAUUUGCGAUUUUGGUUUUGUGAAAGGAGAUUGUACGAGAGAAAUGAGCAGAACGUAUUGUGGUUCAAAGUCUUACGCAGCACCCGAAAUUCUAAAAGGACAACCGUAUGAACCAAAGAAAUCGGAUAUGUGGGCCAUUGGGGUUAUUUUGUAUAUAUUUAUCACGGGGAAAAUGCCGUUUGACGAGAGCAGGGGUAACGCUGGGGUCUUGGACGAACAGCAGAAGAUGGAUUUUCCGUGGCACAAAUACCACAAAGUCACAGAAGAUUCCAAAGCUCUUGUCCUCUGGUUGUUUCAGUUCGACUAUAGAAACAGACCAGACAUUGCGGCUGUAAUUAGUUGCAGUUGGAUUCGGUCCGCCUGUAGGGUUGACAAUCUUGAGAAUCUAGCCAUAGACAGUGAGCGGGCCGGAAUAAGGCGAAGCGACAGAAAAGAUGAUAAAAGGAAAGAUAGCUGUGCUUCGACGCCACGCAUGAUCGACAACCUUCCCCUUAGGGCUAAUUAGUGUCAUCUCAUAAGUAGUGCAAUAUUUUAAUGUUUUUUGUUUUCAGUUAAUUCUUUAAUUUCAUUGCACAUUUUGUAUUGUUGGCGAUAUCUUCUCAGGAUUUGCGCCUUGUUUCUACAUGAUGUAUUUGUAUACUUUAUGUUGCAGCUGUAUUUAUACAUGUUAGCAAAUCGUGAUUGUGAUUGCAAAACACUAUCAUAAGAAGUAUCAAGCCCAGACUAAACUAAAAACAUUAUAAAAAGUAAAUAAAAUAUGUAAAAAAAAAAAUUAAAUCUAAAAAGAAUCUUUGAAGGGCGCGUUCAUUGGUUUUACGAACUAUAUGUUACAAUUAACAUGUUCAUGGGCGUUGAUUAAACAAUAUGCUGGGAUGUAGGCCUAAUUAAUCAAAUGUAUUCAAGCAGUAGGAAAAAAACGCACCCACAGUUGCUAGCGAGGAUGGAAAAUGCGAACUUACAGUAGGCAAGUGAACCUUUACGUAUGUCAUGUUUCGUUAACACAUAUGUAGGGAAUCAUGGGUUGUAGACUUCAUAUGGAAACACUCAUAUUUAAAAAAAAUUAUCAACUUAGGCUGUGUAAUACAUUUUUUUUUAAUAUAUAUAUACCGAGUAUUUUGUAUUAAUAUGGUUUUUAAGAUCGGUCUGUUUAACUCAUUCCGUAUAAUUUUCUAUAUCUGUUUCGAUAGAGUAACUUUUCUUUGAUAUAGGACUAGUUUAAAUUAGUAUGAACAAUUUAACACGGCGAAUGCGGCAAUAUUAUAUAAAAUAGUAUUUUAGAUUAUUUUAAAUGUAACUUAAUAUGUUAAUAUCGCUUUUGUAAAUAGAUUAGGUAUAUUUUUAUGCACUGAUUUCCUGUAAAUAAUUAUGUCUAAACUGUGAUUAUGUAUGAGUGUUGGGAACUUUCAACACAGUAAGUUUUGUGCGAAAUAAAUAAGCUUUUGGCUA